AUGCCCGUGCGGAGGGGCCACGUGGCCCCGCAGAACACCUACCUGGACACCAUCAUCCGCAAGUUCGAGGGGCAGAACCGCAAGUUCCUCAUCGCCAAUGCCCAGAUGGAGAAUUGCGCCAUCAUCUACUGCAACGAUGGCUUCUGCGAGAUGUUCGGCUACUCCCGGGUGGAGGUCAUGCAGCGCCCCUGCACCUGCGACUUCCUCACUGGGCCUGAGACCACCAAAAACUCCAUCGCGCAGCUGACUCAGGCCUUGCUGGGAUCCGAGGAGUGCAAGCUAGAGAUCCUCUACUACAGGAAAGACACGUCGUGCCUCCGGUGCCUGGUGGACGUGGUCCCGGUGAAGAACGAGGAAGCAGCCGUCAUCAUGUUCAUCCUGAACUUCGAGGACCUGGCCGAGCUCAUUGCCAAGAGUGCCAGCCGGAGUCUCCACCAGCGACUGUCCCAGGGCUGGCGCCAAGAGGCCUCUCAAGUCAAGCCCAACCCCCAGAACUCCACCUCGGACUCGGACCUCACGAGGUACCGCACCAUCAGCCAGAUCCCGCAGUUCACCCUCAACUUUGUGGAGUUCAACCUGGAGAAGCACCGCUCGGGCUCCACCACUGAGAUUGAGAUCAUCGCGCCCCACAAGGUGACGGAGCGCACGCAGAAUGUCACCGAGAAAGUCACACAGGUCCUGUCUCUCGGCGCAGACGUCCUCCCAGAGUACAAGCUGCAGGCGCCGCGGAUCCACCGAUGGACCAUCCUGCACUACAGCCCCUUCAAGGCGGUGUGGGACUGGCUGAUCCUGCUGCUGGUCAUCUACACGGCUGUCUUCACGCCCUACUCGGCUGCCUUCCUGCUCAACGAGGAGCAGGAGGAGAAGCGCUGGAACUGCGGCUACUCCUGCAACCCGCUCAAUAUCAUCGAUCUCAUCGUGGACAUCAUGUUCAUUGUGGACAUCAUCAUCAACUUCCGCACCACCUAUGUCAACAUCAACGACGAGGUGGUGAGCCACCCUGGCAAGAUCGCCAUCCAUUACUUCAAGGGCUGGUUCCUUAUCGACAUGGUGGCUGCCAUCCCCUUCGACCUGCUCAUCUUCCGCUCUGGCUCCGAUGAGACCACCACGCUGAUCGGGCUGCUGAAGACAGCCCGGCUGCUACGCCUGGUGCGCGUGGCCCGCAAGCUGGACCGCUACUCCGAGUACGGGGCGGCCGUGCUCUUCCUGCUCAUGUGCACCUUCGCCCUCAUCGCCCACUGGCUGGCCUGUAUCUGGUACGCCAUCGGCAACGUGGAGCGGCCCUACAUGGAGCACAAGAUCGGCUGGCUGGACAACCUGGGCGACCAGAUCGGCAAGCGCUACAACGACAGUGACCUCUCGUCCGGCCCCUCCAUCAAGGACAAGUACGUCACCGCACUUUACUUCACCUUCAGCAGCCUCACCAGCGUGGGCUUCGGCAACGUCUCCCCCAACACCAACUCCGAGAAGAUCUUCUCCAUCUGUGUCAUGCUGAUUGGCUCUCUGAUGUACGCCAGCAUCUUCGGCAACGUCUCUGCCAUCAUCCAGCGCCUGUACUCGGGCACAGCCCGCUACCACACCCAGAUGCUGAGGGUGAAGGAGUUCAUCCGCUUCCACCAGAUCCCCAACCCGCUGCGCCAGCGCCUGGAGGAGUACUUCCAGCACGCCUGGUCCUACACCAACGGUAUUGACAUGAAUGCGGUGCUGAAAGGGUUCCCCGAAUGCCUGCAGGCUGACAUCUGUCUCCACCUGAACCGCACCCUGCUCCAGAACUGCAAGGCCUUCCGGGGGGCCAGCAAGGGCUGCCUCCGAGCCCUGGCCAUGAAGUUCAAGACGACUCACGCGCCUCCUGGAGACACCCUGGUGCAUUACGGGGAUGUCCUCACCACCCUCUACUUCAUCUCCCGCGGCUCCAUCGAGAUUCUCCGGGAGGACAUUGUGGUGGCCAUCCUAGGGAAGAACGACAUCUUUGGGGAGCCCAUCAGCCUCUAUGCCCGGCCUGGGAAAUCCAAUGCGGACGUCCGGGCACUGACCUACUGCGACUUGCAUAAGAUCCAGCGAGAGGACCUCCUGGAGGUCUUGGAUAUGUACCCGGCCUUUUCUGACAAUUUCUGGAGCAACUUAGAGAUAACCUUCAACCUGAGAGAUGCAGACAGCAUCCCCCGCUCGCCGCUCAGCGAGGACUACGACUGCUCCUAUCGCCACGUGCGCCGGCGCAAGCAUUCCCUCUGCCGGCCCCCCAAGACCGAUCCGGACGGGCUGGACACGGGCAUCUCGGACGCCGAGCAGUACCACACCUACUCGGAGCUCACCAACCUGCAGGGCCCCCUCAGCAAGGACCAGUGGGACGACCUGUGCAGCAGCACCCCGCCUUGCUCGCAGACCAGCGACGAGGAGGCCAAGCCCCCCAGCCCCACCCAGGCCGAGCCCUCCUCUGACUCCGACAAGGAUGACUUUGCCCCAGCCGUGCUCAGCCUGGUCACCCCCAAUGUCAGGGGCACCGAUGGCAGCAAGCAGGUGGUGGACGACAGCCAGUCCUACGCAGCUACCCCCAGGGACGUUCCAAACAUGUUCGCCUUCUGGGAGGACAGACGGCCAAAUCUCCACCCAGAGCCCCUGCCACAUGCGUCCUUGGUCCACAAUCCCGGGGCCAGCUCUCUGCGCUUGGACUACGGGCAGGGUCAGAUCGAAUCCCGACUCGAGCUGCUGCAGGCUCAGCUCAGCAGGCUGGAGUCCAGGAUGUCUUCAGAUAUUACUAUAAUCCUCCAGCUCCUGCAGCGCCAGCUGUCCCAAGUGCCACCCGCAUACAGCCCCAUCUCGCCGUCCUCCCACAGCCUGGCCAUGUACACCAUGGGCCCAAGGGGCAUGGAGCCCGCUCCACCGUGCACACUGCUGCAGGAGGACCCGACUCCUCCCGGGCAGAGCCCAAGCUACACAGAGAUAGAAAAGUUCCAGCUGAAAUCCAGGGACUCCUUGUCAAGCGGGGUACACCUGUUGGCGGCCUCAGAGAAAACCAUGACCAUCUACUCCCAGCCAGAGCGCCAUUCCCAGACCUUCCCCAACCCAGAGCCCCACCAGAGGGCAACAAACACACAGGGACUCUUUCGCGGCUCUCGUUUCCCUUCCCUCCCCGAGCAUCUUGAAGCCUCUUCUGAGCACCUAGACAUUCAGAGACAUCUCUCCGACCCGGUGCUUCCCGGCAGUUAGAGAUGCGCACGCGCCGAGCAAAGCCAAGAGGAACCGCAACUGAGAACUGGUUUCGCUGAUUUCAGUUUUGAGUGUGGGGGCGAGACGGGGAGGACAAAGUUAUUGGCUCAGGGGUACACUUUGUAGCUGUCCUCUGCCCCGGUGGAGGGGAGUGGAGAGUGGAAGGGGUUCAGAGAUCAUUGUUCUCCAAAGGCUUAUGUAGAGUAGAUUCAAGUUGCACAUUAUAGAGUGCACCCAACGCGGCUUUUUUUGAUGGCCACCAAGAAGCCAACGGGCUGGAGGAGCCAGAUGGCACCAGCCUCCUCUUCCUCGCCAAGCCUUCCUCCCAGUGUUGGUGCCACCAAAAUGGGCCACGACUGCAGGAGGAGAGUGAAUGCAUGGCUGGGAGGCCACCUUGCUGGCAGCUCUCUGGGGCAGGGACCACCUCGACAUCUAUGUUCAUACUCCGCCUAGCACCACGGGACCUUUGCACACUACCAUACUGGGGCUGUUCAUCCUGGAGACGAUGUUGUCUGGAGGAGGAGAGGGAAGGAGGGAUAAAUGGCAUCGGAUAGUGGGAGAAUGAAGGAGCUAGAGGUGUAAAGUCCAGGGGAUGGGCAGAGGAGAGGAGUCAUCCCUGUCCUACCUGGCUGUCAUUAAGAAACGAGGGUGGUGGUUUCCACCACUCUAGCACGCUUCAGCACAGGUCCCUGGCCAGCAGCCCCUAGAGCAAGGCUGACUCUAAGCUUCAGCCAGGCCUGAGAAGCUUUCCUCCAGCCCUCAUCCAACUCUUGCAAAGCCCCCAUAGCUUCCCAGACAAACUCAACUGUGACCCGGCGUGAGUGGAAAGCACAAAACUCAUAAGCACAAUCCUGGAAAGAGAAAAGCAAAACCAACCCCCAGACACAUUGUUUUCAGCCCUCGCCUGGAGAUCGUCUCUUUUGAUAAUGGUUUCAUAGAUGCUUCCCACACACAUACACACACACACCGAGGGACCCUGUUGCUCCCCUGCAGGAGAAAACCCGCCUAGCAAUGCUGCCUUCCACUCGGUUAGAUGCUGUAGAGGUAGUCUUGGCCGCUGGCUCACGCCGUGUUGAGCUCCCUGUGAGAGUAGCAAGACUGUGAGCGUUUC